UUAAAAUCCCUUAUUGUGGUACAGAUGGAUUUUAAAAAGUGUUAGAUCUUUCCAAUGAACACUAAUAGAGUACUCUGCUCUUGGUUGGAUUACUCAGAGAAUGGCAAUGGUCUCUGCAAUGUCUUGGGUCCUGUAUUUGUGGAUAAGUGCCUGUGCAAUGCUACUCUGUCAGGGGUCUCUUCAUCACACUUUCCAGCAGCAUCACCUGCACAGACCAGAAGGAGGAACGUGUGAAGUUAUAGCAGCACACAGAUGCUGUAAUAAGAAUCGAAUUGAGGAAAGAUCACAAACAGUAAAAUGCUCCUGCCUCCCUGGGAAAGUGGCCGGGACAACACGAAACAGACCUUCCUGUGUCGACGCUUCUAUAGUGAUUGGUAAAUGGUGGUGUGAAAUGGAGCCCUGCCUAGAGGGAGAAGAAUGCAAGACUUUACCCGAUAAUUCUGGAUGGAUGUGUGCAACUGGCAAUAAAAUCAAGACCACCAGAAUUCACCCAAGAACCUAAUAGCAUCUCCUAGAUGAGGGAACCACUGAUUUACAGAGGACAACAUAUUAAAAAUUUAAACCAUCUUCAAGCAUUGACAAGCCAAAUGGAUUUCUUAUUUGCACUUUGACUGUUGACCAGAUAAUAACAGUGGCUUUACUGUGUGAAAUAAAAUAUUCUAUGGAAAUAACACCCCAGAUUUUUGACAACAGAAAAGAAAAAUGAAGAAAAAUGGUUCUUUGGUAAAGUUUUCGUGAUUAUGAAGAAUGAACAACAGUCUUAUAAG